AUGGCAUACGGCUAUGGCCCCAAGCCUGCCUACCACUCCAAGAACUACCACAAGGAGGCCUUGCGGAAUGUGUACCGUCGGAGGCUUGAUCACCUGGGCCUGAAGCUUCAGCAGCUGGACCUGGGUGGCGACGUGGAGAGCACAGAAAGGGAGGGCGUAACUUAUGGAAACCUCCUGGGCUCUGUGCAGCUUCCUGGCUCCACACAGCAGGGAGCCCAGGAGGUGCCUGCAGUGGUGAGACGCCGCACCACAGAGCAAGCGGCACCCCUUUGCCUGUCUGACCCCCACCGCUGA